UCAGUAUAGGGAAAGAGAUACCUUUUUGGAAAAAACAAUCAGACAGAUUUGUGAGCACCAAAAGAUCAGUUCUUCCAUCAUUACAUUCAUCUCCACCAUUUUUCUUCAUCUUCAUCUACACAAGCUAUCUGCACUCGAUCACCAACACAUCCAAAAAAACAGAAAAUCGUGAGAGAAGGCAAAAAAAAAAAAAGAGGAGAAGCUGAGAAAAGCGAGACAGGGAGGUGAGGAGCAUCAUAGCAACUAAGAAGAAGAAGAAAGAAGUAGCUCCUAAAAUGGUGAAGCUCCACACAUGCACAGGGAAAUCCCAAUAGAACAUAACAAAGAACUCUCAGCAUCGAGAGUAUGAAGAGAGCCGGAAAUCAGGGGAAGACUUGGCAAGACUGAGAAGAAAGGAGGUGAGGAGCAGCGGCCCCUGAAUGGCAAUAACCCGUUUCGGGUCUGUGUCGGUGCUCCGGUGAUAGUGCUCGGCCGUGCGACGGCCACGGUAUUGUGUUGGUGGUGACUCCAUAUUUCUCGGUGGCGCUGGUGGCGGAAAUCGCGGCGGUUUCCGAUCUGGGUAUUGGGAGGUGGUAGAAACACGUUUUUAAAGAGGAAGAAUACGGAGGGAGAUCAUGUCGUCGCCAGCAAAGCUUCCUGUGGUGACCAGCGUCGCUAGCGACGGCCCUGGCCGGUCGAGGAGCAUGCGGCGACGGGAGGGGCUGCUGGCAAUGGUGGUUCAGGCGAGGAAGAUGAAGAAUGGAGAGACCUUGAAGGUUUUUUUGGGUGCACAUGGAUUUUAGUUGUCUUUGAAGAUAGAUAAUUAGACAAACUACUGCGUGUGGGGGGUUUUGAGAGCAGUUUCAUCUUUUGAACAGCUAUAGAUUGGAAUUCUCCUCCUUUCAUUGUCUGGAGGCUUAACAAAUGUCAGCAUCAAGGUAUCUCCUAAGUAAUGGUAUCCUUUUACAGUCCUCAGAUGCUCCUCCAGUCAGAAACUUCCUUGAAACUCAUCCAGGUGCUUACACAACAUCACGUACUUACAACAAUGCUUCAUGGCUGUUAUUUUGGGAAAGGCACAUGAAAAGACUUUCAGAAUCUAUACAAGUUCUAUCAAAUGUUGCGCCAUGGCUUCUAUUUAAAUCUAAUCAUCCUGCAGUUUUGUCACCGUCAUCAGCAACCUUGCCAAUAUGGCAACCCACUGUUCAGGUGCUUGUUAAUGGUUCUCUAUGCAAAGUCUUGCCAAUUGCUCUAAAAGAAAGGAAAGAUGGUGAGGAGCUGGCCAUUACAACUCUUGUUAGUGGUAAUUUAGAGGAAUUAAAUGCAUGUGAAACUGUUAGAAAGGAAAACAUGAGUAAAAUUCUCGAUGUGCAUGUGCAUGUUGAAACUUAUGUUCCUCCUACAUUCGGUAUUUGGGGAAAUGGUGUACAUUUGGCUUUGGUGGGCUAUGGGAGGAAUGUCGCAGCUGCAAAAUAUUCAGAUUGGGUAAGGAUUAGGAAGCCUCUGGAAAAGCUCAGGCCUCCCUCAGUGACAGAACUGUUGCUGUCAAAUGAUGGGGAUCAGAUCCUGGAAGGUUGUGUGACAAAUUUUUUUGUUGUUUGCUGCAAGGUUUUGGAUUCAAAUGAUGGGAAGGCCCUCUGUGAUUCUUUUGAAGUACAAACAGCUCCUAUCAGUGAUGGUGUCCUUCCAGGAACAAUACGCCAACUAGUUCUUGAGGUAUGCAGGAGUGAAGGAAUUCCAUUUCGAGAAGUUGCUCCCUCGUGGUCAGAACAUGAAAUCUGGGAGGAGGCAUUCAUCACGAAUAGCUUGAGGCUUUUGCAACAUGUGGAUAGUAUUCAGGUUCCAACAGAAUGGAAAUCAGCCCAUUCUAAAACUUGGAAGGAAAUAUCAUGGACAAAAAAGCAAUUUCAGGGUGGACCAGGGAGGAUCACAACUGUUAUCGAGGAAAAGAUUAAGGGGAAAGCAGUUACGGAAGGAUACCCAAUAAGUAACAUAUAUGCUUGUUGAAAAUCCCACUGAGUUGCUAAUACGAUGGGAUCAAACGAACGAUAGUUGACAUCCUCCUUCUUUAGUUGGCUUGUACAUUGGCUAUUGGCUCAUCCACUACAUGAAAAUGUUAUCUAUUGGAACGUGGCCAUUUUGUUGAAUCUGAAGUCCGAAUAACUUCAUGAAUUAGUCAGAGAUCGAAUAGAGAGAAUAAAGGAACAAAAAUAGAGAAUCCAUCUCUAAUACUGAGGUCUGGCACUAUUUUAUUUUCUCGUCAUACAAUAUUAUCCUCUUGUAUCUGUUUGUGUGGAAAAUGACUUGAACGAAACAAUGUAAUAAAAAAAAGUCUUCUAAAAAUCUAACCUGUUUGUUUUCAAUCGUUGAAGAAAAUAAAUGGGAAAAGCUAAUCUACUAUGUA